AUGGUUUACGUAAUUGACUGUAAGGGACAUAUGUUAGGUAGACUCGCGUCCAUAAUAGCAAAGGAAUUAUUGAAUGGUCAGCGAAUAGUUGCGGUUAGGUGUGAAGAUAUUAACAUAUCAGGUAGUUUAUACAGGAAUAGACUUAAGUAUCAGGAAUUUUUAAGACUAAGAACGAACACAAACCCGAAAAAGGGACCAUUCCAUUUGAGAGAACCAUCAAAGAUUUUGUGGAGAUGUGUUAGAGGUAUGUUACCACACAAAACGUAUAAAGGAAAAAUUGCUUUGAAGAAAUUAAAGGUAUUCCUUGGUAUGCCAUAUCCAUAUGAUAAAAAAAAGAAAUAUGUUUUACCCAGUGCCUUACGAGCAUUCAGAUUGAAAAAGAAUAGAAGAUAUUGUAGACUUGGCACUCUGAGUUCAAGAGUUGGUUGGAAUUAUGAUGAACUUGUUAAAAAAAAUGAAAAGCUAAGGAAAAAAGUUACGAAAAAUUAUUAUAAAAAGGAAGUUAAAAAGUUGAAUGAAAAAAAAGAAUUAAAAACUGAGGCAUUAAAUUUAAUUAAUCCAGAACAACGAAAAGUUUUAGAAAAUUUUGGCUAUGCGUAA